GUCUCCGAUCUCGCCGUGACUCGGUCUUGAGAUUCUGUUAACUCGCCGUCGUUGAUCUUCCUCCGUUUCGAUCCUCGGUAAAGCCUAUCUCUGUUUUCUCUCCUUGUUCUUCAUCUUAUAACUUCGCGGUCUAGAUCUUCCAUUAAUCUGAUCGUCGUUUUGAAUUUUGAUUCUGUAGAGUUAAACGAUGGAUCCGAUGGAUAUAGUUGGAAAAUCAAAGGAAGAUGCUUCGCUUCCAAAAGCUACCAUGACGAAAAUUAUAAAGGAGAUGUUACCCGCAGAUGUUCGUGUUGCUAGAGAUGCUCAAGACCUAUUGAUUGAGUGUUGUGUAGAGUUCAUAAAUCUUAUAUCCUCGGAGUCUAAUGAAGUGUGUAACAAAGAGGAUAAACGAACAAUCGCCCCUGAGCACGUACUCAAAGCUUUACAGGUUCUUGGCUUUGGGGAAUACGUCGAAGAAGUCUAUGCCGCUUAUGAGCAACAUAAAUAUGAAACCAUGCAAGAUUCACAGAGAAGCGUGAAGAUGAACAGCGGAGCAGAGAUGACGGAAGAAGAAGCAGCAGCGGAACAACAGAGAAUGUUUGCAGAAGCUCGAGCAAGAAUGAAUGGAGGAUUUUCCCAGAGAGUUAUGUUUAUGGAUCGAGAGAGACGGAGUUCUGGUCGUAAUGGGACUCCUGAAUAUAGCAACGGCAAAUUCCGUGAUGAUAAUGGUUAUGGAUUCUUAGAUCGAUCGGAAAAUUGCCGUGAGAAGAGUCCUUCUAGAUCGAAGAUCCUUCGGAUCCCGUCGCCGACCUCGUCUCCUCCACCUUCUAGUUCUUCUCCGCCAUUUCAUGGUUCCAAUUCGCCUGACCGUGGAUACAUCGAACACCGCAUCUCCAAGUUUGAUACUCUCGCUGGCAUUGCCAUCAAAUACGGUGUUGAGGUUGCAGAUGUGAAAAAAAUGAAUAACCUUGUUACUGAUCUUCAAAUGUUUGCUCUCAAGUCUCUUCAAAUUCCGUUACCCGGCAGGCAUCCUCCUUCUCCAUGUUUAUCGAAUGGCUCCUUAAACCAUGGAGAGGGAUGUUCAUGCCACGAACCGGAAUCACCAAACCAUUGCGACCAGGAAGUGUUUGACUCAUUUCAGUCUCUGAGAUUGAAAUCUUCGGAAAAGAAAGUUUCUCCAGCCAUGUACUCAUUGCAAGGUUAUUACGGGCUAAAACCAGCAGAUAGAACAGUCUCUGAUGGAGGUUGCUUGGAGAUGGGAAAUUACAAAACGGAAUCUUCUCAUCAUCUCUUUAACAAUGGUGAUAACGGAUAUCUCAGACCUUUCCCAUCCACAAAUACUCCCUUGAAUCACCACAGGAAAUCAAGAAGCUUGGUCAAUGCGCUUAUCGAAGAGGUUAACCAAUCACCCGAUAAUAAUACUCAAGAACCAACAUCCGAAAAGUUUAUGAGAAGACGCCAAAAAUCUGAGGCCGAUUUUUCAUCCCGGACUCCAGAACUUGUGUUGAAAGAAGAGAACAGUAGCAGCAAUGGCGGGUUUUUAUCAAUAGCCGGAAAAGGCUUAGCUUUGAGAUCGAAAGCUUCAAGCAGAACCAAUCUAGCAGCAGCAGAAUCUGAGACCGGUAAUUUCAAUCCAGUGCCAAUGAACUUGAUGGAUGCUCCAGUUGCAGACAGCUUCAGCAGUGUAAGAAAAUCGUCGAGUGCGUCAAGUCUACAAGAUCCAGAUGGUAACAGCAAUAAUGGUUCCUUGUCUCUAUGGCCAACGUCAAAGUGGAGCUUGAAACCUGAUUUGCUUACACCAGCGGCUAUUACAAGUUCCAUCUUUGAUGGAUUACCAAAGCCUUUAACAGGACGGAGAAACAAAACGGCUCUGGACUAAAAAAAGGUCAGUUUCUGGUUAUUUAACUACCUUAUUCAUUUUUUGGGGACUAUACAAAUCAAUUGUCAAAAGAAGCUAUUUGGCUUAAGGCGGAGUAAAUACAAAAGUAAAGA